AUGGCUCGUGAGGCGCGAGCGUUGUCCGACCCCGUCGGGUGCCUUAAGAAGUUUGACGUCGCCAUGGAGGCGGGCGGAGCCACCGUUGUGCUGGCCGCGGAAGACAAGUCCGUUCUCGCGGACGAUAGCGCCGACUUCACCGCCGCAGUCCUCGAUUUCACAUGCAUUUUCGUGUUGGAGAAACACGGAGGUGAUCGCCGCAAAUCGACAAAGAUUUUUACGUCGGCGCAGCAGGCAAAGUUGCUGGCAUCCGACGCCCCCAUACCCGCCAUGCUCAAGUCUGACCUCCUCGUUUUCCCCUUGUGGUCCAAGUACGGAUUGGCCGCGAAUUUUACGAGCAAUCACGCGCAGGACAUCGCUAUCAAAAUGAGCAUCUCCGACCAGGCCGGAGGGUCCGGAGAGGUGUCAGGCCGGCAACACGCGGUCGAGGCCAGGCAGGAAGAGUCCGACGACGAGGAAUUUGAGGAAGCAGAGGGCGAUCAAGAAACCGUGGGGGCGGGUGAAGGGGAUGGCGACGGCAAGGACGGUGAGAAGCGAGGCCGCAAUGUUGCCGCUGCGGCUGCCACCCAGAAGGCUGCGGUUGACACUCACGAUCGGACUGCCGCAGCAAAAACCGCGAAAACCAAGACCUCCUCGGCCCAGGAACCUUCCGCGCCUCAUGCGGAAGCGCAGCCUGCUGCUGGCGCGAACGUGGGAGUGGGCCCAGGAACGCGAGAUACUGGAGACGAGGAUUCGAAUGUUCCGCGCCACACGUUAUCCGAGCUGCUGACCUGGCCAGUGUUGACGCUCGCGCACGAGGUUGUCCGGCUGGAAGGUGCUCUGGAUGAUUCGAUUCAGGCUCAGUACGACGCGGAUCACGCCCUCAAGCUUCAGCGCAAUCGGAUUCGCGGCCUUCUGAAUGAUCUUCAAGUCCAGAAGGACAAUCUGGACGCAGCCAUUACGAAAACGGGCAAAAUCGCAACGCGGUUUCAAGAGGCAGAGGAAAAAUGGGCGCGGACAGUCGAGGGCUUGGUCCAGGAGCUAAGGGUUGAGCGUGGGUCUGCGAUUGUGCAGCGCGAGGCCGCGGACGUCGAUUUCGGAGGCGGUGGCGCGAACGCGUUACGAGAUCGCCCCGUGGGGAAGGAUGGGGACGUUCGAGGCAGGUGUAGCGACCGCCGCGGACCGUGGAUGUGGAAGCAUGAGGAUGGUCACCGGACCCUUGCGCAUGGAACCUGCGGAAGCAACUGGGAGCUAGGAUCGUGGAGGGAAGAGGCCACCAGGGAUACCGACACCCCGUUCACCCUCGCCGCCCCCCAAGAAGGCGAAGGGCUCGUCCGAGCAACAGGAGGCCCGAGAACCUGGCCGCGGGAGUUUGGCUCAGAAGUCCAAGAUCGCGGCUGCGCCUGUCAAGAGGACCUCGGCGAUCGCGGCGCAGAGGAAAUCCCUGACGCAAAUGCGGAGGCAAUGGAGGCCAUGCAACAGUGGUUGUCCAUGGUUCAGCACACAGAGAAGGCGGACGCGAAGGGAAGCGCGAAAGGAAAGGAGAAGGAGGAUCCGAAAUGGGGUGUUGGUAUACGGAAAAACUCGCGUGGCUUGUUCACCUUGGAGCUUCACCACUCGUGUCGCUGGUACUUUGGUUCCCACGCUAAGCUCCCUGCCGUGCGGUUUCUGUGCGCGGUGGCACAGAUGGUGUGGAAUCAGCAGAUUCCCGAGGACAAACUGGUUUUGACGGACGAGGAAGAAGAGGAGUGGACCCCCGAUCUUGAUGUGGCGCGAGUUUUGCACCCUGGAGUUUUCGCAGUGCUUUAUCUGCGAGGUGCCUGCGCAAGCCCCGAAAGGACUUUGAAGGACGAAAACACGGAAGCGAGCGACAAGGUCGCCUUCUCUGCUGCGGUUGGACUUGAGACCCUGGCGGACGAGUCACCCGCGAAGGGCAAGAAAUCUGUGCCCGCUGGAGCUGGGGGUGUGGCGUUUGUUUGCGCGGUUUCCUGGAUGGAGUGUAAGGGAUUUGAUCGAAAGACCGCGGAAGCGAGCGCGAAACAGGCCGCGCUGCUUGCAGGAGCGAACAAUCUGACCGUGGUUCUUUACCUCGCGGUUUGGAAGCAUAUCGUUACGGCAGCGACGAAGGGACAUGAUGCGGCUAAGAUCGAGCUCAAGGUCGCGAAAUAUUUCGAGAACGCGAAGAAAGUCGCUAUCACGAAAGAUGAGAAGAGCAUCAUUCACGAGCAGGUGGACGUGCUGAGAACCUGGAGCUUCGACCCAGAUGCCGCUAAGAAGAUGCGGGCGCUGGGCUUGUAUAUCGAGUGCGAUGACGAUCGCGCGAAGGCCAAGAAUCGUGACGUUAGCCGGUCGCGUGUAAAAAAGACUGCCACGAAAUCGGACGAAGAAGAAGGUGGCUCCCAGCCGAUUGUUGAUCUUGACGACGAGGAUCCGGAGGAUUCGUGA